UGUUAUUAGAAAUAAGUUAUUUUUAGGAAAAAAAUAUUUAAAAAAUGAUAAAAACAAAAGCACUAAUGUCACUUCUUUCUCAAUCUCUUGAUUCAUCUAUUACGUCUUCAAUUUUAUUAACGUCAUCUGGUCAAUUGUUAUCUCAAGCGUCAAAAUCACAGAAAAAUGCACGUAUUCAUGCAGCUUUUGCAGCACAAAUAUGGUCUUUAUAUGAGAAAAUAGGAUUAGAUGGAGAUAUAGGAUCUUUAACAGGCGAAAAUAAAAAAAUAUAUGGAUGUAAUUGGCUUGGUAUUGAAUGUCUAACAGGGAAUUUAUUGAUUCUAUGUAUUCGUUUUCCGCAUCCAGAAAAAUCAUUACAUGUAUCUGUUUUAUCAGAGCCCAUAUUAUUAUGUCUAGUGGGUAAUGAAAGUUCUAAAUUAGGUUUUAUGCAUAUGAAGGCUAAAUCUAUUGAGAAAUAUCUUUUAAAUGAACUGGAGGAAAUCAGGGAUAUCUAAUACUUAUGAAUUUUUUUUUAAAACCUAUUUAUAUUUUUAUAAUAUA